AUGCGCCGACUGUAUGAUGCCACGCGCAACGUUUCCAAGCCUUACCACCGCAUCCGUCUCUCUCCAGAAUGUCAUCUGGACCUGUUUUGGUGGUCUCACCUACUCGAUGGCUGGAAUGGCAAGUCAUUCUUCCUCGAUCUCCAGGAGACGCUGGCCAGCGACAUCCUGAUAGAAACUGACGCAUCUGGCGCCAUCGGGCAUGGCGCAGUUUAUGGCACGCAUUGGUUCGCCGACACCUGGUCACCACAACACACUCCGCUCUGCAUUACGUUCAAGGAGCAGUAUCCCAUCUGCAUUGCAUGUGCUACGUGGGGCCACCAGUGGUGUCGCAAGCGUAUCCGUUUCCAUACCGACAACGAAGCUGUCGCCGCUGUUCUCAAGUCUGGCACCAGUCGCUGCCCUAAUGUGAUGUCACUCCUACGGCAGCUCUUCUUCAUCUGCGCCAAGGGUAACUUUAUGGUCACCGCCCGUCACAUACCUGGAACUACCAACAUCCUUGCCGACGCUCUCUCCAGGCAAGAUUUCAAGCGAUUCCAUUCGUGCCACCCUACCGCCGCUCACAUGCCCACUCCCAAAUUUGGCUCAUCACCAGUGUCAGCUGCCGCAAGUACCUUCUAUCCUACUCAGCAGCAGCAAGCACCACAGAAACAUUCUACCGCUACGGUGCACGUCCAGUCCAAAGGUGUGAAUCUCCCAACCGCCAUCGCAACUGUCGCCGUGCAAGGCAACAUCUCAGACUGCCGACUGUUGUUUGACACCAGCUCAACUCGCACAUUUAUUCAUGAAUUGUUAGCUGCCUCUGUCAACGCAGCUGUUGUCGGUGAAGACGUGUUGUCCGUCGCUAGUUUUGGAUCUGCGUCCCGGCGAACGGUCACCCUGCCGAGAGUGGAGUAUUCCCCCCUAUGUCGAGAUGGAUCAGCCUUGCCCGUAACCGCCAAUGUUAUGCCGUGGAUUUGUUGUCCUGUUGUCAAAUCCCCAAUUGACAUCGACCAGUACCCUGAAGUCAAGAACAUCCAACUAGCUGACACCAUUGUCACCAAGCGUGAAGAGGUAGAAAUUGACCUCCUUAUCGGCACGGAUUUCUACUUCUCCAUCAGGGGUAACGGUCACAUCCAACUCAACAAUGGCCUGGUCUUGCUGAACUCCAAAUUGGGAUUUGUCCCAGCAGGCCCUACUGACACAGAGACAGAUGACACUGCGAGCCACAUAAUGCUCACAGAUGCUACCACCUUGCCAGACCCAGUAUUUGAUCUCCAACGUUUCUGGCGACUUGAAGAUAUUGGUAUCACCGAUGACAUCAGUGAUCCGCAGACAGCGGACGACAUUGCCCUGGAACACUUUCGCAGCUCCUUGCAACUGAUCAACGGCCGAUAUAUGGUAUCUUGGCCAUGGAAAGAUAGCCAUACUCCACAACCUAAUCUACCAGAGAACUACGAGCUCGCCUUCGGCCAUCUCAAAUCCUUAGUCAAACGACUCCAGCAGACACCGCAAGUGCUAGAGAAGGAUCAUUGUACCAUCACAGAGCAGUUAGCCAAUGGCAUUAUCAAGGAAGUGAACCUUGAUCACCAGGAUGGGCCGAUUCACUACAUCCCCCACCACUGUGUUGUUCACUCCGGCAGUACCACAACAAAGUCGACCACCAUCUCCAACAGCAACAGACAGGCAUGCGAUGAUGUACGUCGCAGUAUCUAUGUUGACAACGUUGUCACCGGGCAGAGCAGCGUCCAGGAUGCUACUGCAUACUACAGAGAGGCAAAGGACGCCUUUGCCAGUGCCACCAUGAACUUGCAUGAAUGGGGUACGAACGAUCCUGACUUCAGAGAUGCUCUAGCUCCUGAAGACAAGUCUAGCUGUGAUGUAAUGAAGGAACUGGGUAUGUCGUGGGAUACCAAUUGCGAUACUCUGUCGACGGCGAAGUCAACCACAAACCAGUACUCCGUCAUUACCAAAAGAGAUGUCCUCCGCAGCAUAGCCCAAUUCUAUGAUCCGAUGGGCCUGUUCUCCCCGGUCAUCAUGCGUGCGAAGAUCCUAGUACAGAGUAUAUGGAAGCUACACGUAGACUGGGACUCUCCACUGCCUGACGCUCUCGUUGAUGAAUGGAAGGAUAGCCUGUCAGAUCUGUCCUGCGCAAGUGACGUUGCCAUUCCUCGCUACAUUGGACCAAAAAUCCACGUCGAAAGGGUCACCUAUGAACUCCACGUCUUCUGUGAUGCGUCUCAAGAUGGUUACGGUACAGCCGCAUACCUGUGUGUGAGACAAGUUGACGGUGCCUAUUCGUCAGUUGAUCUGAUCUACAGCCGAACACGAGUCUCGCCCAUCAAGGCUACAAGUAUACCACAUCUAGAGCUCCUAGCAGCACUCAUCGGCGCCACGAUCAUCAAAUUUCUGAAGAAAGAGCUUCUGGGCGCAGUUCACAUCUCAGCUACCCACUUGUGGUCUGACUCACAGUGCGUGCUUGGCUGGAUUAGGAAUACUGAGAAAUCGUACCCUGUCUUCAUCGCCAAUCGGUUGAAGGAAAUCCGUGCAGACCAGAGUGUGUGCUUCAACUACAUCCGUACAGCCGACAACCCAGCCGACCUACCAUUCCGUGGAGCAUCGCUAGCCACACUGACAGACAGUACAGCUUGGUGGUGUGGUCCAGAAUGGCUUCGAGAUCCUCCUGUACACUGGCCCAAAGACGUCAUCGAUGCUCCUUCCACAGUACUAUUCACGGCGGAGGGUCCUGCGGAAACCGAGACCAGCAGCAAGCCAUCACCGCUGAGUAUAGAUGAGAGAAAGUAUACUUUGUUUGAGAAGCUAGCCCGUGUAACAGCAUACAGUAUCAAAUUUGUCAAGAGAUGCCGUCAACAGACCACGUGCGGCACUCAUUUGUCUGCUGCUGAAAUCGACAACGCCAAACAUCUGUGGAUUUUAACAUGUUCAAGCAACACACUAUACACCAGAGGUUGA